CCUCGACGCGACGACGCGACGACGACGCGACGCGCGACGCGACGCGCGCCGACGCGAUGCCCGCCGCGGCGCCCGACGCCGGGACGGCGUACCUGGACGCCGCGAUCGACGCCGCGCGCGCGAUCGACGACGAGACGCGCGAGCUGUUGAUCGAGAUCGGCGAUUUGCGAACGAAAAAGCUGUGGCACGAGCUGACGCUGGCGAUCGAGCGCGCGGUGGCGGCGCCGAUGAACGCGCGCGUGGCGCUUCUCCCGGGAGGCCUGCGAGGGAUGUACGACGGCGUGGUGAGGGAGGCGGAGACGAGGUUUAAUCCGUUGAAGACGGCGCACGUGGCGGUGGCGGUGAGCGACGCGUUGACCGGGGAAGAAGCGGUGGAAUUCCUGACGGAGACGAGCGCGAGGUUGGUGGCGGCGCACGGGGACGAUGCGAGGGAACCGGGGGUGUACGUCGCGGCGCACGUGACGCUGUUGAGAUUGGUGGCGGGGGAUUUAGAGUACGCCAAACGCGCGGUGACGGAGGGCGAUAAAGAAGCGUUGGAGGCGUUGCCGGCGCCGGAUCCGAGCGUCAGCGCGGCGUAUCAUUACGUCGCGAGUCGGUAUUACAAGGUGCGGGAAAAUUACGCCGAGUUUUACAAGUCGGGCAUGUUGUAUUUGGCGUACGUGUCGUGCGAAAUGUUGCCCGCGGAGACGCGCGCGGCGUUGAGCGUCGACUUGUGUCUCGCCGCUUUGCUCGGGGAGAACGUGUACAAUUUCGCCGAGCUUCUCGCGCAUCCGAUAGUGGAGAGUUUGAAUGAUGGGCCUUUCGCGUGGUUGAUGGACGUCGUCAAGGCGUUCAACGAGGGCGAUUUACACGAGUACGAUCAGUUGUGCGUCAAGCACGCCGCGGCUUUGAACGCGCAACCCGCGCUCGUGGCGAACGAGCGCAGGCUUCGGGAGAAGAUUACGAUCUUGUCCCUGUUGCAAAUCAUAUUCAAACUUCCCGCCGAGCAUCGAGAGAUUUCUUUGAGCGACAUCGCGGUGAAGACGAAGCUGACCACGGACGGCGUGGAGUACUUGCUCAUGAAGGCGCUGAGCGUACACUUGAUCGAAGGCAUCAUCGACCAGGUCGAGAGCAAGGUCAUCGUGACGUGGGUCCAACCUCGCGUCUUGUUACGCUCGCAAAUCGCCGAACUCGCCGGGCGUUUAGAUGGAUGGAUUGAGAAAGUGAGCGCGGUCGAAAGCAAUCUCACGGACGAGAUCGCCGUCGCGGCGUGA